UCAACUCCCAACUCACAACUCACCCAACCCCGAUUCUGACAUUACCUUAGGUAGCCUCGUCUCGACAUCCACAGGCCUCGUCAUCGCUAGCCGAGCUUGGUAGGUACAUACUCAGGCAGCACCCCGAAUCUUCCUCCUCCCCCACCCUCAUCAAGUGGGAAAUCCAUGAUUGAAAUACCCAGCCAUGCAACGCUGGCGUCCGCCCACGACCUAGUACGAUGGAUUUCAGCUUUCUCGGCUUAGUCACGCAGCACGCCUCCGAGAUGGAUUUCGCCUUCCGCAGCCUCGUCGACACCAUAAUACGGUAUAGCCAGUUGAGCAUAUCCAUGCUCCGCAUCACCAAUGUCACGGAAGACUCCUUUCACGUCUCCCUCGAGGCGCGCAUAACCAAGACGGGACUUGCCAGCGCCGGCAUCACAGCCAUGACGGUAAAGCUGUGCGGUCCGUCAGGCCACUUCGGCAACGUGACGCUACCCGCGGUAACGACGCAGAGGAAUGGCACCGACGUCGUUGUGACAAACCAACUAGUUGAGAUCAUUGACCAGAAAGCGCUCAAAGCUUUCAUCCAACCCCUGAUUCGCGAUGGCGUGAUGCUCUCUCUGCGUGACGGACAGACCGCCAUAGCCGCCUUCGGCAUCGGCCCACGAGAUAUCGUCUACGAAAAGGACAUCUUUCUUCCAGGCGUGAACGGGCCAGCCAUUAGUUUCCACGCGGCAAGCUUUAUCCCCAGUGCGCCCCCUGGCGUAGCAGAGUCGCCGACCACAGCAAGCCUCGCUGGCGUCACGCACAGCGCUACUACAGCCAGCGUCCUAAGCACUAGCAGCGGGAACACUGUUUCGGUGACUUUCCAGGUAGUAAAUCCGAGCCCUCUUGAGAUUAGCUUCGGUACGUGCUCCUUCGACAUCCAAGACCACCAAGGCAAGCUCCUCGCGGAACUCAAGGGCCGUCUCGAUAUUCGUCGCGGUCAGUUCGAGGUCACGUUUCGAGGGACCGUGAAUAAAGCGGCUAUGGCGAUGUUAGCUGCUGAUAUGAGAGAGGCAGCGAGGAGUAGAGGCAGGGCCGGCAAGAAUACCGGCCAUUGCCCUCAAGUUAGACUGGUGGGUAAACGUUGUCCUGGUGCGGGGUGGUGCGACGAGACCAUAAAGGGGCUUGAUGUGCCACUCCAGAACGCGGAAGGCCUCUUUCGUGCGCUGGGUGUAGACGAUGGCAUAGUAUCGCCGUGAGAGAAGGAGCGUAGUUCAUAAACCGGACGAGUUGUAUCAUGGUGCCAACGUCCAGCUGUAGUGGUUAUCUGCAUUUGGGGAGUUAGGACAGGAAGAUAGAUACCCCAUCUGGUUCCAAAGGGAUAGAUAGAGAUAGACGACUCCACCAGUCCCAAACUUUCGAUUCAACGCCUGUUCUGCCUACGACUAAGUGCUCCCUUGUUCUCCUCUAUUGCCCUCUAUUUUUGAUUAUACAAGUUAUACCGAUGUACCCCCGAACGCCCCAAUGCAUAUGCUAGAUAGAUAUCCUUAAAAGAAGCGGCAGUACAUGUGCCCCAAGAUUACGGUGUAAUCCAGUCCUGGCCGUU